AUGGAGGGGAUUGGAACACCUGAAUCACAUGAUAUGGAGGGGAUUGGAACACCUGAAUCACAUGAUAUGGAGGGGAUUGGAACACCUGAAUCACAUGAUAUGGAGGGGAUUGGAACACCUGAAUCACAUGAUAUGGAGGGGAUUGGAACACCUGACUCACAUGAUUGGGAGGGGAUUGGAACACCUGAAUCACAUGAUUGGGAGGGGAUUGGAACACCUGACUCACAUGAUUGGGAGGGGAUUGGAACACCUGACUCACAUGAUUGGGAGGGGAUUGGAACACCUCAAUCACAUGAUUGGGAGGGGAUUGGAACACCUGACUCACAUGAUAUGGAGGGGAUUGGAACACCUGAAUCACAUGAUUUGGAGAGGGGAUUGGAGCACCUGAAUCACAUGAUUUGGAGAGGGUGGGGGGGGGGCAAUACUUGGGACAAUAUAGUAUAUACUGCAAUAUGCAAACCCAGAAUUCGUUUUUUGCUAACGUUUUUUGAACCUUCACUCUGAGCCCCCAACAUAAUGGAGUG